AGUGGGCGGUCCGUCGGGCGGGUGGCGCAUGCGCGGAGCUGCGCGUGCCCUCUGCGCGGCGGGAGCCAUGGGGCUGGGGCAGAACUCCUCCGUGCGGGUUGAAUGGAUUGCUGCAGUCUCCUUAGCUGCUGGAGCAGCUGCUGUUGGGUAUCUAGCUUACAAAAAAUUUCUCUCUAAAGACAAAUGCUGCAAAGCAGUGGUGAAUCCCAAUAUCCAGAAGGAUAACCCCAAGGUAGUCCAUGCAUUUGAUAUGGAAGAUCUGGGAGAUAAGGCUGUGUACUGUCGUUGUUGGAGAUCUAAGAAGUUCCCGCUGUGUGAUGGCUCUCACACAAAGCACAACGAGGAAACUGGCGACAACGUCGGGCCUCUGAUCAUCAAGAGGAAGGAGGCGUAGAGUGGACAGUAGAAGCUACGAAAUGAAUGUCUGACAAAUUCUCUGCUCACUUGUAAUUGGGGGGAAAAACCACAAAUUCUUUGUCAUGUCACUGAAGACUUUCCGGUGUAGCAUAUACAUCAGGCUUCAGCAUGUGUAUUUUCUCUGAUGCUUGUCUUGUUUUAAUCACUACAAUGCAUAAUUUACUAAAUAGUCAUGGUUUAAAUUUUUUGUCCUGUAAAGUGUGUGUACCCUCUCAUGGAGUAUGAAGCUAAAAUGACACACAGAAUGUACUUCAUCAGAAAAUAGGUAUUAAAUUAUUUUGAAAUACAUGUGUACUACUCUGAGGCUAUUCAGUAGAACGUGUGUUCAAAAGGUAAAUUUUAAAAUCCAGGAGAGGUUCUAAAGUCAAAGAUCUGGAUAGAUUUCUAUGUAAAAGGCAGUGGCAGGAAAGAAACCAUGGUGCCAAAAUGCAGCUUAACCUCUGAUUAUGCUGCAUUUUCUGCAGGUGUCACCUUUAGCCUAUUACACUACUGUUCCGUGUGGCUUCUGUAGAAGAACAAAUUCAAAAUCACUACGAACAGCCAACAUAAAAGGCUUUAUAGCAAGAUGGAACUAAAGGGCAACUUUACCUUUGAUUUUUACAGCAGCGUUGAAACUUGACCCUACUACCGAACGGUAUCAAGAAGGUACUACUGGAACUGCAGACCUGUGCUUAGAGUAGGAUUAGAAAGAUGGUCUCUGCAAGAAUUUUCUUAAUAGACAAGUGGAAUGAUACGAAGUGCUCAAAGGGUUAUGGGCAGGGGGUGGCAGGGUUGUCUUUGCUUCUAGAAAGCCUUAGUUUCACUUGCAGUCUCUAGCAGCGAAGCUGACUUCCCCAGACUAGGGGACAUUUGUGUGUGGGAGGCUAUGCCCGUUCAUCCCAGGAGCUAAAAUAAAAACUAGAACCCCACCUGUCAUUACUGUCUGCUUCAUCCUUGCUCUGGCUGGUUCCAGAGGACUCUUCCCGCUGCGGAGGACGGCGGCACACCUUUCUUACUAAGUGGCCUUAGGCUCUAUGUGUCUUAACUAACUCCUGCCUCCCUGGGCUGACCGUUAACGUGGUUCAGCUGACUUCACCAAAAGAACUGACGUGGACAAGGAAAGACUUUAGGGACAGCUAGAAACAAGGGGGAAAGGAAGGAUGAGACAAGGAGAGGUCUUUGCCCCCCUUUCGUAUGGCACUUGUCUGACAUGGUUGCAUUCGUGGCUAUCGUGUCGGUUUCCUUAAAUUAAAUAGCUUUGAUUUAGUAACAUGGAAAUGACUACAAAGCAAAACCCAAAGAGUGGGGUGGCUGAGGACAGUUUUGUAUUAAACCCCAAUCCAUCAGCGUAAUUGCAGCCUGUGUAAUGUUGAGCUGUCAAUGUCUUGGGACAGAGAGACUACCUCAGAGCUAGAAGAAAGACCUUUUCAGCCAGUGGACAUUUUAACCUGGACCCUUAAGGAUUCUUCCAGGUGAUUGGGGCAGUAGAGGGUUGGUUGAUUUUUUUAUUUUUUUUUAAAGGUGUAGUUGAUAGGAUCGGUUAAGAUUGAAGAAAAUGUUUUGUAUAUUCUUGAUGUGAGACUUUCAGAGGCUUGGGUCUUAGCUGCCUGGCAGAAGGCACAGAAAGUAGAGAAGGUGGCACAGAGAAAGAGGGUUUGCAGGCAGAGUGCUGCUGUCUGAGAGAGACCUCUGCUUGCAAGAAGUUGCAGUCGAAUACAUUUAGUUUUCAUCUUUUCUUCCUGUCUUGACUGUAAAGGUACUUGAUGUUUUUUACUUGGCUGAGUACUGAUGCGUAUGGAAAGUUGUUUUAAAUUGUCAAUUACAUUGCUUUUAUCCAAAACAAAGUUAUUUCUGUAUUAUUAGAAUAUGAUACUGGGUAUUUCUGUAUUUUUGUCAAAUACACAUUUGAGCUCACCUUAGUCUCGAGGCUGUAAUGUCUGUGUUAUCUCCUGGCUGGGCUGUUUCUUUCCUGGGAGAGUUAUGCUCUGAGUAGUGCUGUUGCCAAUGCUGCUGUAAUUGUAAACGUGUUUGGGUUGGGUUUUCCUUCUGAGACUUCUUUUCCUGUUAGCAGCAAAGCCUGGCUGCUCUUGAAGGAAUAAAAGUUCACUGAAAGCUGCA